AUGGAUACGACGACACACAGCCCGAAAGUGUUUCAAUCGAGCUUCUCCAUACGCUCGCUGCUCUCAGCCAAGGGCGAGGAGUACUACCAGCAGCAGCCACUACCACUACCAAUACCGUCCAGUCCCAGUCAUUCCAGCGGCAGCGGUGGCAGUGUCACCACCAGCCCCAGUGCAACGAGUGGAGCAGACAAGGGUCCGUCGCAUGAUGCCAGCAAGCCGGCAUUCACCUACAGUGCCCUCAUCGUGAUGGCCAUACGCAGCAGCCCGGAGAAGCGACUGACCCUCAGUGGCAUCUGCAAGUGGAUAGCCGAUAACUUUGCCUACUACCAGAACCACAAGAGCGUCUGGCAGAACUCCAUACGGCACAAUCUCAGCCUGAAUCCGUGCUUUGUGCGUGUGCCGCGUGCUCUGGAUGAUCCCGGACGUGGCCAUUACUGGGCCCUGGAUCCCUAUGCCGAGGAUCUGACCAUUGGCGAGACGACGGGUCGCCUGCGUCGCAGCCAGCAGCAUCUGCUGGGACGCUCCAAGGCGGCACAUCCCUACCAGCAGCAGAUGCAGCUCUAUGCGCAAUCCAUCAAUUACUACCAGCGACAUCAGCAACACAAUUAUUACUUGCAACAGCAGCAGCAGCAGCAGCAGCAGCAGCAAUAUCCAAGCACUUAUGCCGCCAAGUGGAUGCGACAACCCAUUGAGUGCUUGUGGCGUUAG